AUGGUCCCCCGGGAAACACUCUGCGCAUGCAGCACGGGCCGGCCAGGGGCUGAACAAUGGGCUCCUUAUGCAGCCAGUCCCCCAGCCAGCCAUGCUGUGUGCUGCAUAACAAGAGCCCCGGCAGCCGUGCGCUCUGGUCACCUCCUCCCCACCCACCCGGACGAGCCCGGUCGGGGCCCAAGGCUUUCAGAGACGCCGUUGUCCGGCCGCCUGGGGAGCACAGACCAGAGACCAGCCCCACACAGGAGCUUGCAGAAACCUCUCCCGUGGCUGGGGGCUCUGUACACCUACGAGGAUGAGUCUGACGACCUGAAGCUGGCUGCGUCGGGAGGAGGCGGCUUGCAGGAGCUCGCUGGCCGCUUUGAGAACCAGAAGGUGAUGUACGGCUUCUGCAGUGUCAAAGAGCCCCAGGCAGCGCUGCCCAAAUACGUCCUGGUCAAUUGGGUUGGGGAGGACGUGGCCGAUGCCCGCAAGUGCGCCUGUGCCAGCCACGUGGCCAAGAUAGCAGAGUUCUUCCAGGGUGUGGAUGUGAUCGUCAAUGCCAGCAGCGUGGAGGACGUGGACCCGGGGGCCAUCGGGCAGCGCCUCUCCAACGGCCUGGCUCGCAUCUCCAGCCCCGUGCUGCACCGCCUGCGGCUGCGAGAGGACGAGAACACCGAGCCCGUGGGCACGACCUAUCAGAAGACCGAUGCGGCUGUGGAGAUGAAACGGCUCAACCGGGAGCAGUUCUGGGAACAGGCCAAGAAGGAGGAGGAGCUGCGGAAGGAGGAGGAGCGGCAGAAGGUGCUGGAGGAGCGGCUGCGCUUUGAGCAGGAGCGCAUGGAGCAGGAGCGCAUGGAGCAGGAGGAGCGGGAGAGGCGCUAUCGGGAGCGCGAGGAGCAGAUUGAGGAGCACAGGCAAGGGCUGGGCUCGACUUGGUUCUCAGGGGAGGUGUGGGAGGAUUUGUGCCCCCCUCGUGUGUGUUUCCAGCAGUCCUCUUUCCUGGGCAGGGAGUCGGUGAAGAACGAACCAUGA